AGAGUUAAAAGAAGUGAGGCGGCGAAAGAGGUUUCUGGUCUUUAAGUUGCACCGAAAUGAAAGUUAGGCUUAUCUUUCCAACUUCCUGCCAAAAGACACUUAUUUACCCUUUUGUAUCACUAAUCUUUCCCCACCCAAGGGUUUUUUAAUAGCUUUUCUCAAGUUUACAACGAAGCGGGGCAAUUAUUUACAUUCAGUUAACUGUUUUUUACACUUUGAGGAUGUGUAAGGCAGUUAGCGUUAGCAUUAGCAUGAGUGUUAGCUAGCGGCGUGUUGACAGAAGCGACAGGAGGAGAACAAAAGAGACAUUUUGGUUAUUUUUCCUUCAUUUGGCCGAUUAGCAGUGACAUGUAUAAGGUGUCAUAAAAGCAACACGAUGCCUGUGAUCCUGUUUCUGAUAGACACGUCCGCCUCUAUGAACCAGCGCUCCCGUUUGGGCACUACCUAUCUGGACAUAGCUAAGGGUGCUGUUGAGACUUUCCUCAAGCUCAGGAGUAGGGAUCCGGCGAGCAGAGGAGACCGAUACAUGCUAGUUUCUUUCGAGGAGGCUCCUGCCGGGAUAAAGGCUGGAUGGAAAGAGAGCCACGCCAUCUUCAUGACGGAACUGAGGAACCUGCAAGCUGUUGGUUUAACCACAUUCGGCCAGUCUUUAAGGACCUCUUUCGAUUUGCUUAACCUAAACCGUUUAAUUUCCGGGAUAGACAACUACGGGCAGGGAAGAAACCCAUUUUUCCUGGAGCCUGCCAUCAUAGUCGCCAUUACAGAUGGAAGCAAACUGACCAGCACUUCAGGAGUGCAGGACGAGUUGCAUUUACCCUUGAUGACCCCAUUGCCGGGCAGCGAGUUGACGAAGGAGCCAUUCCGCUGGGACCAGCGCCUUUUUUCUUUGGUGCUCCGCAUUUCAGGCCAUGCCCCUCUGGAGCCUGAGCCAAUGGGCGGUGUCCCGGCCGACCCCUCCCCCGUCACGCCCAUGUGUGAGGUGACAGGAGGCCGCUCGUACAGUGUGUUUUCUCAGCGUAUGCUGAACCAGUGCCUGGAGUCUCUGGUGCAGAAAAUCCAGAGCGGAGUCGUGAUAAACUUUGAGAAGACGGGACCCGACCCUGCUGAAGAUGGUCCUUCAGAAGCCAAAUCUGGCCCCCAGCAGUGGCACAGCUGCCAUAAGCUCAUUUAUGUGCGGCCUAAUCCUAAAACGGGGGUUCCUGUUGGCCACUGGCCCAUUCCUGAGUCCUUCUGGCCUGAUCAGAACUCCCCCACUCUGCCACCACGAAUGGCCCAUCCACAGGUGCGUUUUUCCUGCUUGGAGGCAGAGCCUAUGGUCGUAGAUAAGGUCCCUUUCGAUAAGUAUGAGCUGGAGCCGUCUCCUUUAACACAGUACAUUCUGGAGAGGAAGUCACCACACACCUGCUGGCAGGUUUACGUAGGUAACAGCGCUAAGUAUGGCGAACUCGGGCAGCCGUUCGGCUACUUGAAGGCGAGUACAGCUCUCAGCUGUGUCAACCUCUUCAUCAUGCCCUACAACUACCCUGUGGUGCUGCCCCUACUCGAUGACUUGAUUCGAGUGCACAAAUUCAAGCCUACUCCAAAAUGGCGUCAGGCCUUCGAGAGCUACCUGAAGACCAUGCCACCAUACUACAUCACGCCCCUGAGGAAGGCGCUGAGGAUGAUGGGAGCACCGACUCUGCUGGCUGAAAGCAUGGAGUACGGCCUGAGCUACAGUGUUGCUUCAUACUUGAAGAAACUCAGCCAGCAGGCGAAGGUGGAGGCAGACCGUGUUUGUGCAUUUGUUGGUAAGAAGGCGGGGCCUGAUGUGGGUAUCAAGCUCCGCCUCCGAGGCUCCGCUCUCUCGUUAGCUCACAGAAAGGACUUUGCACAGCUGCUGCAAAGCAUCAUGGGAGAUGGCCCGCUUGACAUUAACCCCAAAGAGUUCUCAGGGUUCCAGCUGGCUGUGCUGAACAAGGCCCUGAAGCCACAGAGUCUGCGGAACCCAUAUGACAUACCCAGGAUUCAGCUGCUGGACCAGCUGAGUCGCAUGAGGAGAAAUCUUCUGAACACCAGCAUGUGUGUGCUGAAGGGCCAAGACCAAGAUCAGCUCCACAGCGUGCCCAUAGCACAAAUGGGCAACUAUCAGGACUUCCUGAAACUUGUCCCCGCCCCCUUGAGAGAGGUGGACCCGGACCAGCCGAGGCGACUGCACACCUUUGGCAACCCCUUCAAACUGGACAAGAAGGCGAUGAUGGUGGAUGAAGCAGACGAGUUUGUGACUGGGACUCAGGGGAAAGGCAAGCGACCCAUCGAUACCAGCACACCUACUGGUGCUCCAAAACGGAGGAGGUGCAUGUCGCCUUUACUGCGCCUGGGACGUGCAUACACCCCGCCCAAUAAGACACCACCCAGAGCUCUGGAUGCUAAUCAUGUGAGCCACCUCGAAUUGGAGCAAGCCCCAGUGCUCAACCACAUGGGCCAUCUCGAUUUGGAACAGGUCCCUGAUUCCAACCACAUAGGCCAUGUCGAAUUGGAGCGUGCCCCAGACUCCAAUCACAUGGGCUGUCUCGAUUUGGAACGGACCCAGGAACUGCCAUCCUUGCCCCCCUCUAACCUCCACGGAAAUCACCUGGCGGAGGAAGAGGAGGCCAAGCGGGAGAACGGUGGAGACGAUCCAGAGGAAGAGGAGCUGAAGAGGAGGAGGAUUGAGGAAGGGCGCGAGCUGAACACAGAACUCCGCGUCCUCAUCACCAGGGAGAUCAGGAAGCCAGGCCGACGUUAUGAGAGAAUCUUCUACCUCCUGAAGCAGAUCAAGGGCAGUCUGGAAACGAGACUCAUCUUUCUACAGAACAUCAUUAAAGAGGCAGCGAGAUUUAAAAAGCGAGUGCUCAUAGAGCAGCUAGAGAACUUCCUGGAAGAGAUCCAUUUACGUGCAAACAGCAUGAACCAUCUGGACGACUUCUAAUCGCAGGCAAUCACACGGAGAGCACUUCGGCGUAAUCACACCUCAGGGCAAAGGGGAAAGGUAGAAUAUAACCCCCCCACAGCUUUCUUCAUCCUCCACCUCAUUUCCCCUUCCUGUGCUUCUCUUAUCUCUUUAUCUCUCCUGCUUUAUGCCAAAGAUGAAUGGAUUUGUCAAGUGCAUUGUCUAGUUAAAAAAAAUUCCCAAUCCUUAUUGCAGAUGAAGUUGAAUCCUAAGUUCGACUUGGGGGGGGGGGGGGGGG